CCCAGUUAAUGGUGUGCAUUAUGGUUAGUGGAUCUGCUUGCAUACUCCAGGCCAGUCUGGUGUUGAAAUACCUUUGCUGAAUGACCCCCUUAGCCUGUAAAUAAGCUGUGUGAUGUCUUGGUGUGCAAGCAUCUAAAGAGUGACAUCACUUUCAAUGAGUGACACUUUAAAAACACUUCCCAGGUAUUUUUGUGCAAGAAAAAUCUUUUCUCUCUCCUUUUUUUCAGUCUUGAAGGAAAUACUGCGUGUUUAGGAGUGGCCUGGAUGCAACUCUGAAGUGAAAGGAUUUAUUCCUGUGUUUUGUUUAAAAAAGCAGGAGUUAGAAAACUUUACAUACCAAAAAUUCCCAAGAAGACAGCUGUCAGGGGGUGACAUGUCAGAUAUGAAGUGGCUCUCCAGCUGGUCCCUGUCUGCAUGCUGGGAAGGCAUGUGGAGACAUUUUUUCAAUCGCUGUACUAGUUUGACAUGUUCACAGUUGAAAAUGAUGUAUCAUUCUUGAGCCUUUGGUUAGUGGACACUUCAAAGUGCAUUGGAUCCUUGGAGAGGAGUGCCCUAUUGUUAAUUGUUCCUUUCACAUGUACAUUGGGAUGAACAUGGAGAUAGCAGCGAGGAACAAAAGGGCUCCGGUGGCCUCUUAGAGAAACACGGUGCAGCUCAACCUGAGUCUGACCUUGAAAGGGUGGGCUGCUCUGGUUUUUAAAUCCUGCUUGCUGAUUCAUUCCCCUCUGGCUCCCAACCGUUACCCAGUUGCAGGGGAAUGGGCUGCUGGAGCAGUGAACACAGAGGGGCAUGGGGAGCCCCUCUACCACUCUCAUGUGGUGCCCAAGGAGCCAUGGCCUCAGUGAGCAUUCCUCCAGGAGGGAACAGGCAAGGCUGGAGUUUGGGGGCUUGGAAACAGUUUCUGCAAUGGGCGUAUUAGAGGUGUGCUGGGUUUUACUUAAUCUCCAGUAGGCAGGCAAGACAUAUAUUCUCUGCUCAGUCUAACUGACCCACUAGCCCUCAUUUUCAGAGCGCAGUCCAGGGGUCUUGAGCCCCUGUGACUGGAGGUAUGCAUAUAUGUAUAUAUACAUACAUGGCACGAGUUUCCCAGGCCUCUGAGAGCACAGGUCAUUAACAUCCUGAGACAAUCCUUUGGUCUCUGGCGCCUGUCCUAUGUUUCUCCGCUUUCCCCUUAUCCCUUGGACAACCAGCUAGCUCUACUGGGAGACUGAACUGUGCAACAUGGUGUCCAGGUUGGGUUCAAAAGCUCAGGCACAGCAGGCAGUUUGUUCCUGCAAACAGAGAUGUGAUCUUCUGGUGUGCAUCUCUUUCAAUGAGCUAAACAAAACCUCUCCUUUAGCCUCAGCUGCACAGAAGGAUCUGUGCUGUGUCACAGAAAGGCCAAAUCUCAGCUAGUGCAUCCUGAAAUAUAUGUUCAAGUAGGUGACUAGAAAUUGCCACUCCACCUUUCCCAAAUCAUCCAAAAGGAGAAGCUUGCACAGAAAUGUGAAUGCUGGUGUGAGGUGGAUGAUAGAGUGUGCAGGCAGGGCUAGCUGCUCCAGGUCUCCUAGGGAAUGAACUGCUUCUGGAGUAGAAACUAGGAAGAGAGAGGCAUGUCUAUGGUAGCAAAUCAGCCACCAUGUUACAGCCCACCAUGGUGUCAAAGACUCUGUAGCGCAUUCUGCUGCAGGACGUCCUGGCCCCAGGGUCUUCCUAGAUCUGAAACACCUGAGCCUGGGCACCAGCACAUGUGGCUCUGGCAAGACUGGGAGAAACUAUGAGGAGAGGGAUGGCUGCACUGGGUGCACCAGCACGGGGACACUGAAGAGUCAUACUUGAGGCCUUUGCCCAGAGUUUGGUAUAAUGGCACAGUCUGGAUUUUGUCCUUCUCCAAGGAAAAUCAGAAUAAUAUAAAUACAGCAAAAUAACCAUAAAAUGUAGCUGUUUUCAAUCCUCAGUCCUCAGGUCUUUGAUGCCUCAUAUCAGUAAGGUGGAUUUGACUUGCAAAAUGGCUAGGACUUCAGUCCUUGCUUUCUCUAGGGCAUGCAUGUUUGGUCCAGCAUCACCCUGACAGUGCAUGUACAGGUCUGUACUCUCUCCACUGUUCCCAUCCACAGGGGGCUGCAGUCUGAAGAGCAGGAGUAGCAAUGCUGCAGUCAUGGGAGGCAGCAGGUCCCAGGCUGGCACACAGGCAGUCAGCAUGUCUGGUGCACACUGAGGGCAGCCCUUCUGCUCUCCUCUUCCUCCAGCUCUUAGUUUUACUGUGCUAUUAAGUUAUUGCCACCCCUUAGGGAUAAGCCUGCAAGAAGGCGGAGGGCUCACGUAACUCUGUAUCAGUAAAGGAAGCAGCUCAAUUAGCAUUUCACACGCCUUUUCUUCCCUCUCUUCUUACCUUCCCUGCAGCGGGCAUGCUUUCCCCUUAAAGGAUUGUCCUGUUUCUGCUCCUUGCCAGCGUUGGCAGGGUGACAGUAGUCGAGUGUGCAAACUUGUGCUAUUGUCCCCAGGCCAGGGGGAGUCAUGGAGACCCACUAAUAUGACACAGGAAAAUGUUUGCUGAUGGCAAUUCUAUGGGCUUUGUCUAACUCUUUCUCCAUCAUGACGACUCGAUUUAAGUCUCUAACUGUUUGACUACAGAUGCAAGAGUACUAUCCAACUCCAUCCUUUUGUCCGGGUAGUUUGAAUGGGUAAUUCAGCUUUUGUGUAACUCAAUUGAGGGGGCAAACAUAAAGACAAGAUUCUUGAGCGCUCAAGCUCCCUUUCCAUGGAUAUCUGCACAUCUCUUUAGAGAUUUGUUCCUUCCCUACCUUUUUCUGACAUCAUCCUCCCCUUGAAAAAAAAAAAAAAAAGGGCUGUGAUGGGGAAUGCUUAAAAGUAGGCUAGCCCAGUCCCCCGUAUUACAUUGUCCUGUGCCAAUGAAGCAUGGUUAGUAUCAGCCCCCAGACAGCUUUGGGGAGUGCAGAGAAAAGGGUGCCUAAACUUUCCUAACUCAUCCGCAACAUUUUCCCUUUGGAUUGUGUCAUUUUUUAAAAAGAAAGGCCUUGGUAGGGGUGAAGAGGAUAGGGAGAAUGGUAGAAACCUCAGGGAAAUGAUUGUAUUUAUUAGCUGUCUUUCUGUGGCUGUCCCCAUGGUGACAAUUUGUGAUGGCAAAGAAUGCGAGGAGGGGAGGCUGAUGCCUGAUUGGGAUGCUUUGUAUUUGGCAAAGUGGCUUCUGAUUGGCCUGGGAGAGCCCUGAACUCAACGGAGUCGAUAUUCAUUCAGCUUGCUCAAGUGCUUGCUAAACUGCAUCCAAACACUGGCAGGCCCUGGCUGCCUCUGCCGAGGUUGGAGUGGGUAACCUGCCUAACGAGAUUAGUGGGAAAGGGGAAGGGGCUCUUCUCUGCAGCAACACUGCAGCUGCCAGCACCGGUGAGAAAAACUGCUGCGGGCUGGGUGAGUGUCCACACUUGCUUACAGGGAGGCGGGAGUGGCCGCCCAGCUUCUUUCCAUCUAGACGCUAUCUAACAAGAUUAGGCACCGGGCUGGAAGGCAUUUGUGAGCUAGAUCCCAUGCUGGUGUGUUCUGGGGCAGCCGUGUGGGGUGGUGGGCUGCAGGCAUGAGGAGGCUCCAGUGGGAGCUUGAUGAUGGACAACUUUGCGCGGCUGAGAAGCUUGACAUGUUCCCCCACCCUCCCUUCGUUUGUUUGGUGCUGUUUGAACCGAGAUCUCUUAAGUCUGCCCGUCGUGUUUCACAGGUUUGCCAAGGUUUGCCUGAAGGUGAACGUUUCAUGGGAAGCUUUACAGGGCACAUCCAGUGAGAUGGCAUCAGACAGCGAGGUUAAAACCCUACUGAACUUUGUCAACCUGGCCUCCAGUGACAUCAAAGCGGCUCUGGAUAAAUCGGCUCCCUGUCGCCGGUCAGUUGACCACAGGAAAUACUUGCAGAAGCAGCUCAAGCGAUUUUCUCAGAAGUACUCCCGGAUCCCUCGGUGCCACCCCAGCAAACCCACCGAGUGUGGCUGGCGCAGGGGGGCAGAGGACCGGGGCCAUAGACCUCCACCCGAGGCACCUGACCCCAGCCCCCAUGGUGGGGCUGCUGCAGAGAGGGUGCUGCAGACAGCAGCGGGGAAGGACAGCCUCCCUGAGGAACGGAUUUUGCAGGAGCAAAACCCUGAAGCCACCAGACCAGACCAGGUGCCCAUGAGGAAGCGACAACUCCCUGCCUCCUUCUGGGAAGAGCCACAGCCGGCCCAGAGCCUGCUGGCCAGGGCCUAUCCCACCAGCCCCGAGGGGCUCCGAGCCCCCGGAGAGCCUCCUCCCUCUGAGGGGAAGAAAAGCAAACGGAGCCCUGACACUGGUGGUCCAGAGAGCCCCCCUGAGCCUACCCCACAUGCUGGGGACAAGGACCCUGCUGGCGUCCUGUCAGGUCGGGUGGGUGCCUGGACCUGCUGCCCCUUCCCCUGCCCUGGGCCAGGGGUGUACCAGCUCCCUGGCACACUGUCCCAGUCGCCCUUCCUGGGGCUGGGGCUGUGGAGGAAGAGUGCCGCCACACUGUCGGCGGAGGUGCCGCAUUUCUGCAAGGAGGCCGAUGGCAUGGGACAGAAACUCUACAGGCCGGUGGUUUUGAAACCCAUCCCCACCAAGCCUGCUGUACCCCCACCCAUCUUCAAUGUUUUCAGCUAUCUUUAGCCAGGGGUGUUGGAGUCACGCUGAGCACCACAGCUCCUGAGAGUGGAUUGAAACAUCUGGCUGGGCACCAGGCAUGAGCUGCUGGCAGUGUGAAGCAGCAGGGGGAAGGAGGCUGGCAAUCACACCCUCUUCCUUGUGGUCAGGCUGGAGUGAAUUAGUAACUGUUGGAAAGCUACUCAGGCUCCACUCUCCUCUCAGUAUACAGGUGUAAACUGAAAAUAAGCCUUACAAAGCUGGUGGCUUGGAACAUGAGGCAAACCAGAGCUCUUUCAUCAACGGGCAUUGUCUGUGCUGCAGAGAGCAGGGCUGUGGGUCAUUCAUAGCCACACUUGUAACACCUAGGAGACCUCCUCCAUGUGGGAAGAUCUUUCCACGUUUGCCCUGCAGCAACAGCAGUGAAAUGAAAUGAAUUAAACCCAUUCAAAGAGUUUUCAUACUUUGAAAUAAUUCCAGAGAAGUCAAGAUAUUCAGGUCAAUUCCUUUUGCAUGCAAGACACUGGAAGGACGGUAUUUAAUGUAGAAACCACACUUGUGAAUUGAUUUAAACUCUUCUUGCACUUAAAUAUUGAGAGAAUUAAAAGAAAAAAAUAUGGGAAGAAAGGAGGUAAUUUUAUUUUGGAGAUUCUGCUGAUGCAGUGUGUUUAUUUUUGCCCCACGGGGUAGGACACAGGUUUGAUUUGCAACUGGUGGGUAGAUAAGAGGGCUGAAAUCUCUGUCUAUUAGAGUGAUAUAAAUCAAAAGCAAUUUUUCUAGGGCUGGGUAAUUAGCUAGUGUUAAGCUGGUGCAAAUGGAAGCAGGAUGAAUUUUCACAUCAGGGUUUGUUCUGCAUCAACAGAACAAAUGAAAAAUUGUAUUACUUGAUUACAAACCCAUAAAAUAUGAAAG